AUGAAGACGGAAUUCAAGUUCUCCAACCUGCUGGGCACAGUUUACAGGAAAGGCAACCUGGUCUACACAAAUGAUGGCACAUGUCUGCUGUCGCCCGUGGGCAACCGGGUGACCGUCUUCGACUUGGUCAACAACAAAUCGCACACUCUCCCAUUUGCGCAUAGGCAGAACAUCGCUCGGAUUGCACUACAUCCAAAAGGCCAGCUGCUGCUUACUGUUGAUGAGCAGGGAUAUGCUAUUCUCUCACACUUCCAGCGACGGAUAGCGCUAUACCACUUCUCCCUGAAAGGCGCUGUAUCGUCUUUGGCUUUCUCUCCCAGUGGCAACCACUUCGCAGUCGGGUUGGGACGGAAGAUUGAAGUCUGGAAAACCCCUUCAACUCCGGGCUCAAGCGGAACUUCCGGGGGGAAUGAGGCCAACGGUCUGGAAUUCGCACCUUUUGUAAAAUACCGCGAGUACGCUGGUCACCACGACACAGUGCAGAGUAUUGAGUGGAGUAGUGAUUCCCGUUUCUUUCUCACAGCCAGCAAAGAUCUUACAGCACGAAUAUGGAGUCUAGACCCGGAGGAAGGGUUCGCUCCAACUGUGCUUGCAGGCCAUCGAGCAGCUGUACACCGCGCCUGGUUCAGCAAAGACCAGGAAACUAUCUACACCAUUUCAAAAGACGGCGCGCUAUUUCAAUGGCAAUAUCUCCCGCCAUUCGAUGCCGACCCUGAGAACAUUGUGGAAGGCGAUGAGCAAUGGCGAAUCAACGAGCGACACUACUUUUUCCAGGAGCAAGCCCAUCUCACCACGGCUGCAUUCCACCCCUCUUCAAAUCUUCUGGUCACUGGAUUCUCCAAUGGCUUGUUCAUGCUGCACGAGCUGCCGACUUUCAGCGAGAUUCACAAGUUGUCCAUUGCUGCGUCAAAUGUCGACACUGUCACAAUCAACCAGAGCGGUGAGUGGUUGGCUUUUGGUUCGUCUGCGCUUGGGCAGCUGCUUGUGUGGGAAUGGCAAAGCGAGUCAUACAUUCUCAAGCAACAGGGUCAUUUCGACAGUAUGAAUGCCCUCACAUACUCCCCAUCCGGGGAUCGCAUAAUAACGUGCGCGGACGAUGGUAAGAUCAAGGUUUGGGAUACCACAUCUGGCUUCUGCAUCGUCACAUUCACCGAACACACGUCAGGAGUAACGGCAUGCGAAUUUGCAAAGAGGGGAAACGUGCUUUUCACUGCAUCCCUGGACGGAAGUGUGCGCGCAUUCGAUCUCAUCCGCUAUAGAUGUUUUCGCACAUUCACUGCCCCAAAGCGACUCAGCUUCAGCUCGCUCGCUGUGGAUCCCAGUGGCGAAGUCGUCGCCGCUGGAUCGCUCGAUGAUUUCGACGUGCACAUCUGGAGUGUACAAACAGGCCAACUACUCGAUCAGAUGAGUGGGCAUGAAGGACCGAUCUCGACUCUUGCUUUCGCACCGAACGGCGGCAAUCUCGUCUCCGGAAGCUGGGAUCGCACAGUACGAAUUUGGUCAAUCUUCGGCCGUACACAGACAUCAGAACCUCUCCAGCUGCAAGCAGAUGUCCUAGCAGUCAGUGUUCGACCAGACGGGCGGCAAAUCGCAGUGUCUACUCUCGACGGUCAACUCACAUUCUGGAGCUUGAGCGACGCGACACAAGAGGCUGGACUAGAUGGACGAAGGGAUGCUAGUGGUGGACGAAAAGCGACGGAUCGACGUACGGCUGCAAAUGCCGCAGGAACGAAAAGCUUCGGAACCAUCGCGUACAGUGCUGAUGGUACGGUGCUCCUUGCCGGUGGAAACAGCAAAUUUAUCUGCUUAUACGCUGUGGAGACUGGCGUACUUCUUCGCAAGUUCACAGUGAGCGUGAAUCUUAGCUUGGAAGGCACACAAGAGUUUCUCAAUUCCCGCCUCCUCACAGAAGCUGGCCCACAAGCACUACUUGACGAGCAAGGCGAAGCGUCUGAUCUCGAAGACCGUAUGGAUAAGAGCCUCCCUGGUUCAAAACGUGGUGAUGCCGCCCAGCGAAAAACCGGCCCCGAGGUCCGCGUCCCCGGCGUUACGUUCUCGCCAACAGGCCGAGCCUUCUGCGCUGCCAGCACAGAAGGCCUACUACUUUACUCACUGGACGCUGGCGCAGUUUUUGACCCCUUCGAUCUUGACGUGGAUGUCACCCCAGAGAGCACACUCGAGACUCUCGCACGCGCAGAACAUCUCAAGGCAAUGGUAAUGGCAUUUCGCCUUAGUGAUCAAAAGCUACUCCGCCGAGUGUACAAGAGCAUCCCAGUUUCAGACAUUGGUCUCGUUGUUCGCGACAUGCCCGAUGUCUACCUUGACCGUCUCAUUCGCUUCGUAGCAAAAGAGUCUGACGCAAGUCCGCAUCUCGAGCUAAACUUGCUAUGGCUGGAGAGCUUGCUGAACCAGCACGGACGGGUGCUGAAACAGAAGCAAGGCGAGUUCGCGGAGGUGAUACGCAUGGUGCAGAAAGCCAUUGGCAGAGUGCAGGGCGAGAUCAUGAAAGUUGCGGAUCAGAAUCUGCACACGAUUGAAUUUCUUCUUGCUCAGCCCGAGAAGGAAGCUGCACCUGUGUUGGAACUCAAGGCUAUCACAGCUGGAGGCGCAGAGGAGGACGAGGAAAUGGACGACGGCGGUGAUGAUGAAUGGAUAGGUCUGGAAUGA